AUGUGCACUUAGAAUUAGAAGAACGACUAGCAAAAUUCAUGAGGACAGAGGAAGCUAUUAUAUACUCAUAUGGAUUUGCAACAAUUGCCAGUGCUAUUCCUGCAUAUUCAAAAAGAGGGGACAUUGUGUUUGUAGAUGAAGCUGCCUGCUUUGCUAUUCAGAAGGGAUUACAAGCAUCUCGUAGUAACAUCAAGUUAUUUAAGCAUAAUGAUAUGGCUGACCUUGAACGACUGUUGAAAGAACAAGAGACUGAAGAUCAAAAGAAUCCUCGCAAGGCCCGUGUAACUCGAAGGUUUAUUGUAGUGGAAGGAUUGUAUAUGAACACAGGAGACGUUUGCCCUCUUCCAGAAUUGAUAAAAUUGAAGUAUAAAUACAAAGUUAGAAUAUUUUUGGAAGAGAGCCUUUCCUUUGGAGUCCUUGGAGAACAUGGAAGAGGAAUUACUGAACACUUUGGAAUAAACAUUGAUGAUAUAGAUCUUAUUAGUGCAAACAUGGAAAAUUCACUGGCUUCUAUUGGAGGAUUUUGCUGUGGAAGAUCUUUUAUUAUUGACCAUCAGCGAUUGUCUGGUCAAGGCUACUGCUUUUCUGCAUCCCUACCUCCUUUGUUAGCUGCUGCUGCUAUUGAGGCUCUGAAUAUUAUGGAAGAUAAUCCAGACAUUUUUCAGACUCUCCGGGCUAAAUGCGAACGAAUUCACAAAGCUUUACAGGGGAUUUCUGGCUUAAAAGUAGUGGGAGAAUCUUUUUCUCCAGCAUUGCACCUACAGUUGGAAGAGAGCUGUGGCUCUCGGGAAAAUGAUGUGAAGUUACUCAAACGAGUUGUGGAUUAUUGCAUGAAUAGUGGUAUUGCGUUAACUCAGGCCCGCUAUCUGGACAAAGAAGAAAAAUGUCUUCCUCCACCCAGUAUUCGAGUAGUAAUAACAGUGGAACAAACAGAACAAGAACUGGACAAAGCUGCAUCACUUCUUAAGGAAGCUGCACAGUCUGUAUUGAAUUAGACUGCUGGUUUGGAUUCCUCUUUCCCCAAAUUGUCAGAAUAAGUGUUUUACACUGUAUAGUGACUUCAGAUGUUCAAGUGACUUCAGAUAUUCAAGUUCUUCCA